UAUUUCUCCUUUCCAACACUGUAUUCAACUCAACACUCGUAGGAACUCUUCAUAUUUAUAAUAAUAAUACACAACAAUAAUCAGCCAAAAACCGACGCCGGGCAUGUAAAUAUAGCCUGAAGGCGUUUAUCCAGAGCAGUCCAUUAAAACUAAAACAGACGGCCGCCAAGAAUCACAGAACUACCUCAAGAUGGACCAGAUGCUCAGCCCCAACUUCUCGAUUCCGAGCAUCGGAACGCCGCUGCACCAGAUGGAGGCGGACCAGCAGAUCGUGCCUAACCCCGUGUACCAUCCACCGUCUGUGCCGCAGCCAGAUCCUGUGAUGCCCGCCCCAGUGGGCGCCGGCUCGUCAGUACAGCAGCAGCAAGAUGCCAGCGGCGGUACUAGCAGCGGAAGUGGGCUGUUUGGUCACGAACCCUCCCUGCCACUGGCUCAUAAGCAGAUUCAGAGCUACCAGCCCUCUUCGUUCCAGAGCCAGAACCAGUCCGGUGGCGGGGGCAGCACUCCACAAUCCCUGAUGCAGCCACAGACUCCGCAGAGCAUGAUGUCCCACAUGCUGCCCAUGAGCGAGCGCAGCGUUGGCGGAGCUGGUGGUGGCGGGUCUGGUGGCGAUGGUCUUGGAAACAUCCAUCAAACCAUGGGCCCCUCCACGCCAAUGACGCCGGCGACACCCGGGUCCGCAGAUCCCGGCAUAGUGCCGCAGCUUCAAAAUAUCGUGUCUACAGUUAAUCUGUGCUGCAAGUUGGACCUCAAAAAGAUAGCACUGCAUGCUAGGAACGCCGAGUACAACCCGAAGCGUUUUGCAGCCGUGAUUAUGCGAAUCCGCGAGCCCCGCACAACUGCGUUGAUUUUCAGUUCCGGAAAAAUGGUCUGCACGGGAGCUAAAAGUGAGGACGACUCCAGACUGGCGGCGAGGAAAUAUGCUCGUAUCAUCCAAAAACUAGGAUUUCCGGCAAAAUUUUUAGAUUUCAAGAUUCAAAAUAUGGUUGGUUCCUGUGACGUCAAGUUCCCGAUCCGUUUGGAAGGCCUGGUGCUGACCCAUUGCAACUUCAGCAGCUACGAGCCAGAGCUCUUCCCUGGUCUUAUUUACCGUAUGGUGCGUCCGCGUAUCGUUCUGCUCAUCUUCGUCUCUGGAAAAGUGGUGCUCACGGGAGCCAAAGUGCGUCAGGAGAUCUAUGACGCCUUCGACAAGAUAUUCCCCAUAUUGAAAAAGUUCAAGAAGCAGUCAUAAAUAGUGUAAGUGCAUUAUUAGUUCUGUACAAGUCUGUGUUAAGGUCUGUUAGUUUUGUAAGUGCGGAUUGGGAGCCGCCUGGCGAGUAGCUCCGAAUUAUAAUAAAAACGAAAAGAUUAGCUGUAAA